AUGGCACCUCCCGCGACAAAACGCAGAAAGCUCGAGCACAGCGACUCGGAGGACGGCAGCGAAGGAAGUUUCGCCGAUUUCGACGGCGACAACGGUGGAGUCGCGCUGGAUGGCAGCGAUGCCGAGGAUGCGCUCGACCACAGCGAUGCGGAGAUGGACAGCGCAGAAGAGGUCCAAGACGACGAUGAUGAGGAUAUGAGCGGGGAGGAAGCAAACGACUUUGAAGAAGAAGAGGACGUCCACGAGAGCAGAAAGCAGACGACUGCCGGCAAAGCGACGAGCGCGUCCAAGCCGCCCAAGAGAUCUGCGCCCAGCCUGCAAGACGGCGUAUACACUGCGGAAUCCUUCAAGUCGAACAUGUUCAAGCUUCAGCUCGACGAGCUGCUCGACCAGGUCAAGCUGAAGUACGGUAAGAAGGAAGCUCCCGCAGAGAACGCGAUGCGCACCCUCAAGACCAUCAUCGAGCAGAUACCCAGCCGCGAGCCAUUGCCAAUUGCUGAAGCCGAGAAAGCGCUUAAAUCAGCCGGUGUCGCGGUGCCGUUCCCCAGUCCUCGCCCUCCCAAAGACGCCCUGUACAAGCUGCAGUACGAACGACCUGCGAGCAUCAACGCGACCGGCAGUUACCCGCUCAAAACUGCGACUCGACACGACGAAGGGAUGUCAAUUGAUCUGGUUGUGACAAUGCCCAGGAGCCUGUUCACAGACAAGGAUUACCUGAAUCACCGAUACUUUUACAAGCGCUCGUACUAUCUGGCGUGCCUGGCUGCUGGCAUCAAGGCUUCGAAGGAACACAAAUUUCAAUCAUCCUUCGACUUACUGAACGGCAAUCAGCUUCAGCCUAUCCUAGUUGUACGACCGAGCGGAAACGGCGACGCGGACGACUUCUCGAGCUCCAAGUGCCAGAUCAACAUCCUGGUCGCGGUACCGGAGAACACCUUUCCGUCAAACAAACUGCUGCCCACCUCGAACUGCGUGCGACCAAAAGGCAGCGACGACGAAGCUUCCACCAAGACACUCACUCCAACGCCAUUCUACAACAACACACUACAAUCGGAUGCCAAUGUCACAGCCUACCUCAAGCUUCUUCACGGCACCGCUUCAAGAGCUGAUGCGUUCAAGGAUGCUUGUAUACUUGGACGUGUUUGGCUGAAGCAGCGUGGCUUCGGUAGUCAGAUUCGCAAAGGAGGUUUCGGAAACUUCGAAUGGGCUGCGAUCAUGGCUAUACUACUGCAGCCAAACGCUGGCACCGGCGCACAAUCUGUCUCUUCAGGAUUCAGCAGUUAUCAACUGUUCAAGUCGACGUUGCAAUUUUUGUCCCGAGGUGAUCUCACGAAGAAACCGUUCAUCUUCCAAGCCACAAACAUCAACAUACCCAAGGCCGAGACUGCGCCUGUCGUGUUCGAUGGCCCUCGUGGACAAAAUAUCCUGUUCAAGAUGACACCAUGGUCCUACACGCGUCUACGAUCCGAAGCGAAAGCUACCGUAGAUAUGCUCAGUGACUCUGUGUUCGAUCACUUCGACGCGGCAUUCAUUCUGAAGACGGAGUUGUUGAAGUACCGUUACGAUGCCACACUUGAGAUACCUCUUGCGUCGCUUGGACUCGAAAACGCCGGUGAGGAAUAUGACCAACGCGUCAGCGAGACUUGCAAGAAAGUACAUAAUAGUCUGACUCGCGCGCUUACCGACCGCAUCUCGGCUUUGUCAUUUACCAUGCCCGAAGAAGAGUCGUGGUCGAUAUCCUCGCGACGUCCCCAGGAGAAGCAAAGCAGAAGCAUACUUGUCAACUUCGCUACUGAUCCCGCCAACGCCACUCGCACUGUCGACCACGGUCCUUCUGCUGAGAACAAACAGGAAGCUGCAGCAUUCCGAAAAUUCUGGGGCGAGAAGGCGGAGCUCAGGCGCUUCAAAGAUGGCAGCAUUCUUGAGAGUGUUGUCUGGGCUGUCAAAGACGCAUCUGUUUCCGUGAUCGAACAGAUCGUACUCUACAUCCUUGGCAAACACGUGGGUGAGAAAGUGGCGCAAUCAGCCAAAUUCUCGAGCGAUUCGUUCGGACAUCUCAUACCAGCUGGUCGCAUGCAAGGACAAUCUGGGACCGCGCCAUUCUUGCCCAUCAUGAACGCUUUCAGUGCUAUGGAGAAGGACAUUCGAGAUUUGGAAGAGCUCCCACUUCGCCUUCGCCAUUUGAGGGCCGCCGACCCACAACUCCGAUAUGCGUCUAUUGACGUUCCUGCUGCAGGCCAUACUCCCGCCUCUGUCGUAUUGCAAUUCGAGGGUUCUGGUCGCUGGCCGGACGAUUUGUGCGCCAUACAACGGACCAAGAUCGCUUUCCUGCUCAGGCUAGCCGAGCUUCUAUCUAAGCUUGAAAAUGGCUAUGUUGUUCGCGUGGGCAUGGAAAAUCCGUCACAACCAGCGCAGAACCAAGCAUUCCUCGAUGUUACCGUCGCUGCAGGCUUCACAUUCCGUAUCCGCAUCUACCACGACCGUGAACCUACGCUAUUCGACCGCCAGAUCAAGGACAAGUCAUUGGAUGGACCAUCAAGGGAAUCCGCUGCUGCAUCCCUGGCACUCUACAAGCGCGAGUUUGUUCAGUCCCCUAUGCAUUCGCAGGUACUACAGACAUUAUGUACCCGUUUCUUGGCCCUCUCGCCAGCCAUACGGUUGACGAAGAAGUGGUUCGCAUCGCAUCUUCUGGCUCCGCACUUCUCGCCUGAGCUUAUUGAGCUUCUCGUCAUCCGCACAUUCCUGCAGCCGCACCCAUGGCCUGUACCCACGACCGCAACUACUGGCUUCCUACGAGCUUUGUCUUGGAUAAGCCGAUGGGACUGGAGACAUGUCCCAUUGAUAGUCGACUUCUCGACAACGUUCUCCGCAAACCCCGCAGAUUUGGAGGACACCACAUCUAAGGGCAUGAAGUCUGAAGAUCUCGACCGGUUACGGACGCGCUUCGAAGCAUGGCGUCGCAUAGAUCCAGCCAUGAACCGCGUUGUGCUCUUUGCUGCAACAAACCUUGACGAAGAGGGCACAACCUGGACUGAUAAAGCGAAGCCUGAAAAGGUUGUUGCUGCACGUUUAACGGCGUUGGCAAAGGCGGCUACACAGGCUGUUCGAGCGGACGAAGACCGUCUGCUGAAGCAUAUCAACAACAGCAAAGAUGUUGCUAAGUCACAGAACACAUUCUCGCCCGAAGCACUCUUCACGCCCGGUAUCUCCGACUUCGACAUCACCAUAAUAAUCUCCCCGAAACACACGCUCAAGCAAACCAAAUCCAGCAAAUCCACUCCCAAAUUCAAGAACCUCGACCUCCAGAAGUCCACGACCAGCUCAUCACCGGCCGCACCACCGCUCCCGCAGCUCUUCGCACAAGACCUACUAGAAAUCUACGGCGAUGCCGUGCUCUGGUUCUGGGACCCGGAGACACUGGACAAGAUCGUCGGGCUGUGGAACCCGGUUGUCACUGCGCAGAGGAGCUGGAAGGUCAAGCCUGGAUGGAACAGUGUUCUCGUGGCUGGCAAGAAGGAUGACGUUGAGAUUAAAGCGAAUAGAGAGGGUAUUGUGCAUGAGAUUAAGCGGUUAGGUGGGGAGCUUGUUAAGAGCGUUGAGGUUAAGGCAUAG